AUGAUACUGGCUAAUGAACCUGUCGAAUUGGAUAAUAAACUGUCAGAAUGGUUGCCAGGAACGGGAACAUGGAGAAUAUGUUGGCGAGGCACCGAACAUGGUUUUGCAGCUCCGAUAUUUCACGAGAAAUGCAACGAGAAAAAACCAAGUUUAGUGAUCGUUAAAGUUGUGACGGGUGAUAAAAGUUUGAUCUUUGGUGGCUAUUGUACCGCAACAUGGGCUGGAGGUAAGUGUGAAUAUAUUGCAAGGCAUUUUUUAAUACCAUGGACGAGUGGCAUUUUCCGGCCCCACUGGGACCCUUUCUCUGCCCCAGCACUGAAUAAAAAAUGGCCUAUAUAUUGCCUCAAAGCCAGGACCCUAGGACAUGUAUUGAGUAACCGAGUUUAACAUUGAAAAGAAGGUUAAAAACACAUUUUUUGGUGAGCAUACUUAAACGUGAUGUAAAGCCCGUUCUGCGCAUACUUUCUGCGCAGGCCUACAUUCCAAUGGUCGGGGCCCGACCAUUGGAAUGUUGUUAAUAUUUCGCACCUUCCAAACUUUCGGCUUGAAUUGAAUCUCUUGUCUGUACAUUAAUUAAGUAUAAUAUAUAUCUAAUCAUAUUUUACAACUGUAGCACUGAGUUCAAUGUGUAAACAAAUUAAAGCGUUUGAUUACAUUACGGACUUUACUGUAGUAUUAUGUAACAUACUUAAUAAUGCAUGCAUAACACUCUUGUAUACAAAGCUGUAGAUCGUUAUUAAUAUUAAAAAGUAUUAAAAAGAUUACAAGACAGUUAAAGAGAAAUUCGACUCGUACUUUGUUGUCAGAAGAAACGUAAUAUAUGAGCGUGCUAAGUUCAAUAGGAGAGCUACCUCGUCCCAGGCGCUUUGGUUUGUUUACGUCAUUAGCGCACGGGGGACGGCACGCGAGGGAGAAAUAAUUGGCAUUCAAAAUGGCGGGUCAGUGUUCUGCAAGUGUUCUGUAUUAUUUAUAUUAUUAUUGAAAUGAUAUUGUUCACAGCAAAAUACGGGUUCGUACAUUGCCAUUACUCUUUAGAAUGCAUUAUUUAACUUAAACUUUUAAUAGUUUGCCUUGUUCAUACACUUUUUAUAGUAUUAACUAUGCAGUCAUUACAGUGUCAUGAUUAUGCCGUUUUCGUUUUUGAGAAAUUUGUGGUUGAGAUACCAAAUUUGAUUUAUUUGUCAAGAUUUGUCAAGUAUAACUUAGAGCCAUAUGGUUCGAACAUAGCCUGCAUAUAUAUGUUAUGUUUAUAUUUUCAUUAUGAUCUUGGCUAGGCUACGCCAUAUAUAUAUAUACCGGGUGGCGCAAAAAAAAGUACACGCGUUUGAUUUAGUACAGCGAAAAAACUAUAAGUGUUACGUUCCUCACAUAAAUGUUAUCCUAUCCAGGAAGGCCUAACUUAAAUUUUGAUGUAUAACACAUGCAUUUUUGUUUAGUAUUACCCAAGAUAUUGGUAAAUCAAUUUGAAUAUGCAAUUUCAAAAGGUUCCAAAAUUAGCUGAAAAUAGCCUAUUAAAUACGAGUAAAGGAAUUAACGAUAUAUGAAGAACACAACGGCAGUAAAUAACGCGUUUAUCAUGGAAAAUUAAAUAACUAUAUUCUUGCACGUGUGACCAUACUAUCGAACGAACGUUGGAUUUAUUUGCUGGUCGAAGUUAUGGCAAUCACUCAGCAAUAAUCGCUUCACGAAGCUGUCUCAAAUUGUUCGGUUGUUGAUCUAAUUUAAUUCCCUAUAGCUAUGGGACAUGGAAUACUGCGAAGCAAUUCUUAAUUAAUAAAAGAGCCAUCUUUUUCGAAAUUUUGUUGCUUUUCAAAUGAUAAUAAAACAAAUAAAUAAAUAAGGAAAAUCAUUCGUUACACGUUUCAAUUCAAAUUAAAUUCAUACAAGCGAAUAUGUCUGACGAAAUUCUAAAAUUUAUCAAAACAGUUUAAUAGGCCAUUUUUAGCCAAUUUGUCAGAUUUUCAAAAGUUCGUUCCAAAUUUUAUUUGGCGAUAUCCCAGUCAAUAUUGCACGUAAAUAAACAUGCUAUAGCUCAAAAUUUAAGUUAGACUUUUAUGAAUACAGCUACGUUUAUUUCAGCGAUGUAACACUUAUAGUUUUUUCGCUGUACUAAAUCAAACGCGUGAACUUUUUUUUGCGCCAUCCGGUAUAUAUAUAUUUAUAUAUCUAUCAAUUUAAUCCACGCGGACCGCCAUAGAACAACACAUAGCGCCUGGGUACGUGGCUGAUAGGAGAGUACAAAACGAACACGGACCAGUCGUAGAAUUCAUAAACUCAGUAUACGUGUUGGCUGAACAUUGUGAAUAUGGAGAUUUGCACGACCAAAUGAUCCGUGACCGCAUUGUUGUUGGUAUAAUCGGAUGAACAUGUAUCACAAAAGCUUCAAAUUCACACUGAUCUAACGUUAAAGAAAGCACAGAUAUUGUUCGAAAAACUGACGCCGUCAAGAAACAGCAAAGUGAACUGAGAAACAAAGCUGAUUUCCCAGUCAAUGGCGUAGAUUCUAUUCGUUCCGCAAAGCACAAGAAAUCGCGGCGAGAUGAGAACAACAAAGCUACAGGAAAAUCAAACCAGAAAGAUUUCCCUGGUAAACAAAGCUGUUUUCGAUGUGGAAAAAACCUAUUCCAUAGCAGAGAAAAAUGUCCUGCUAGAAAUUCCACGGGUAACAAGUGUUCUAAGUUGGACAUUGGGCUAAAGUCUGCAGAACUAAAGUGGUCGCGGAGGUGGUCAAAGAAAACAGUGAUAAUGAUGCAAAUUAUGAAUUCCUAUCAUGCCAAAACAAUGCUCAGUGUUACAUUCUUGUGAUGGAAAGAAAAUAGAUAUCUAUAGAAAAUUCGCUGCAACAAUAGAUGCUGAUGAGAAAAUAACAGUACAAGAUGUGUAUGUUAUCAAAAGUUUAUGAUUACAUCAAGCUCUUUUAAUUGGGUGGGCCAGCUAUACGUGCUCUGAAUCUACUCCAGAAAACAAAGUUUGUCGAGACAGUAAAGACCUGCAGCGACGAAGUUGAGCCUAGGAAAAAGUGGAAACGUCAGUCUCCAAAGCUAUUCAAAGGAAUCAAGAAUGAAUACACAAUCAAAUUGAAAUCAGAUGCUAAACCCCAUGCUGUUUACACGCCAAGAAAGAUAGCACAUCCUCGGUUACCUAAAGUUAAAAAUGAACUGGACAGCUGGAUGGAGAAAAUGGGUGUCAUCUCAAAAAUUGGAACUCCCACAGAAUGGUGCUCUCAUAUGGUAGUGGUACCAAAUUCAAAUGGUGACAUCAGAAUUUGCAUUGACCCGUCCAAGUUAAAUGAAAGCAUUCUACGAGAAGCGCACCACCAACCUAGUGUCGAUUAUACAUUGGCAAAGUUCGUGGGAUCGACAGUGUGCCCAAAGCUUGAUUGUAACUCUGGUUUUUGGCAAAUCCCAUUAUCAGAAGAAUCUGCUCCCAUAACUACAUUCAUAACCCAAUGGAGAAGAUAUCAUUUAAAUGUACGACCUUUUGGAAUAACACCAGCGUCAGAACAUUUUACAAAACAGCUGGAGAUGAUCUUGAAAGACUGUGAACGGGUAUGUAUCGAGAUUGAUGAUAUUCUUGUUCAUGGAGAGGAUACUGAGGAGCAUGAUGAAAGAUUAAAGAAAGUUCUUCAAAAGCUCGAAGAAGCGAAUGUUACGUUGAAUGGCGACAAGUGUGAAUUCUCAAAACCUGAACUUCACUAUCUGGGUCAUGUGAUUAACGAUACAGGAAUCAAUGCGGAUCCAGGUUAUCACAGAGAUGUCAUCGCCAAACAGCACCCAAGAGGCGAGGUGGUUCUUAGGAAUGUUCAACCAGCUCACCAAGUUCUCAUCGGGAUUAGCUGA